GGCUGCAGCAGGGCACCCGACACGAGGCAUGCGCUCGCUCCCGACACAGAGGUGGAGCGGACGGAGGAGGAGAGAGGUUCGUUCGGUUGAAGAAGCGGCAAGGAAAGGGGACCCGAGAUGGUGCGAGUGCGACGCCACCACUCCCCCCUGUGUCGGAUCCGAUAGAACUCAACCCUCGUCGUCGUCCUCCUCUCCGUGGGAGAAGGGAACCCAUUUUCCCGGCCUCUUUCUCCGAUCCAACUCCCCGCGCAGUGCAGUGCAUCUCCCCAAUCUCGAAUUGUUCUCUCUCUAAUCGAUCCGGCCAAACCAAAGGUUCAACGCACCGUCCCCGCGAUCCCUAAACCCUACUAGGCCGCCUGACCCGAUGCAGCAGCAGGAUCGAACGGCGGCGGCUGUUGCCGAUCCCGACCCGCCGCCGCCACCGCCCGACCGCGCCGGCGCUGCUUCCUCCGCCACGCAGACUCUCCCCUCCCGCAACGCCUCCUCCAAGUACGACUUCGUCAAGGUCAAGGUGUGGCUCGGGGAGAACGCCGAUCAUUACUAUGUCCUGUCCAGGUUCCUCCUCAGCAGGAUGCUCACCGUCACCAAGAUUCCGAAUCAUGUUGCCAUCAAGAUUGCCCUUGAACUCAAGAAGUUACUUGUCGACAACAGCCUGCUUGAUGUCAGUUCACAGAGUGAUCUAGAGGCUAAUCUAUUCAAGCUUAUGGAAAAACGCGGAUACGGCGACGACUAUAUAAAUCUCUAUAAAAUGAUGACAAGAUUCCAUCAUCAAAGAGUACCACUAGUAAUUUUGGUGUGUGGAACUGCCUGUACAGGAAAAUCAACAAUCGCCACGCAACUUGCUCAAAGGCUCAAUUUGCCAAAUGUUUUACAGACAGAGAUGGUGUAUGAGUUGCUGCGAACGUCAACAGAUGCACCACUUACUUCAGUUCCUGUGUGGGCUCGCGAUUUUAAUUCACCUGAAGAGCUUAUCACAGAAUUUUGCAGAGAAUGCAGAGUCGUUCGCAAAGGUUUGGCUGGUGAUUUGAAGAAGGCCAUGAAAGAUGGGAAGCCAAUUAUUAUAGAGGGAAUACAUUUGGAUCCAAGCAUUUAUGUUAUGGAUGAGGAAAAGAGAGAUGAUAGUUCCAGGGUAGAGAAAAAGGUACCAGGUUCUGAAAAUUCAGGCAUGUCUGUAGAAAAUAAGACAGAACAUCAAUCCAAAAAUGGACUAGCUGAGAACAUAAUAAGUACUACGAAGGAAAAUGGAAAUUUUGCCAAAAGUCAGGAAUGCAUGCUGGACGAAGGUAGAACCAGUGGAGGGCUAUCUCAUGUAAACAGCCAUGAGUCUAAUUCUCAUGAUUCUGUGCAUUCUAAAGAAAAAAGUCCCAAAGAUGAAGGCGAUGGGCAUAAAGAUUUGGACCAACAGAAGAAUAACACUGCCAAGAAAGACAAACCUGCUUCUGAACCAAUAGUUGUUCCAAUUGUACUGAGGAUGUCUGAUUUUGAUCACAAGGCAUUGUUAGAGGAAUGGAUAGCCACUAGAGCUUUCAGAGAUAAUUGCCUUCCUCAGGAUCAUCGAAAGCUUAUAAACAACCUUAAGCUUAUUCAGGACUAUCUUUGCUCUUUUGAGUCGCAGGGAUUGACCAUUGUUGACAUCUCAGCAAAUUCGUUUCCUCAAACAUUAGAUUGGCUUCACAGUUAUCUUCUUCAGUGCAUCGAGCGAGGUCUUUUGGCUGCAUGUUCAGAAAGUUGCAAGCAGGGGGGAAGUUAAUCGGCAUGGGAGUGACCGAGAAACUAGAUGAUAGGUAUAUGUUUCCCCCUACAUAUGAGACAUAUGUUGAUAGUGAACUGGUUGCUAUAAUCUGUUUGCUACCGAGGGCAAAGAGCUGCAGUGGGCGGCGUGUGAUAUUCAGUCAACAUCUGUAUACAUAUUUUUGAGUGAACAUGAUUAGACAUCUUAAAUUCGUAUCCUGGUGAUUAUAUGCUAUUCAUUCCAAAGGAAAGUGCUUUCCAUGCAAGGGGGAAAAACAAACUAGGCUUUUAGAAACCAA